AUGUCUUCAAACCAACGAGAUCUGGGUUACCGGCUUCCGAGUGCCGCAGAGGGACCGCACGGAGCAUCAGCAGCUGCGGAGGAUGCAACUGGCGGUCGGGCUCGACGUCAGUUGAGUGGCUCUCAUGCUCACCUGGUCGUCGAUCUAGUUUUGAGCAUUUGUUAUCAACAUCCAUCAGUUCUGAAAUCUCUUAUCCAAAGACCGAUUUCACACGACCUAUUGGUUACCGUAUUCAAACGAUUCGAGAAUGAAAGGGGACCGACCAGCAACCCCGCUGAUGCAUCACCAGUGACGCCAAAACCACCACAGAACUCUCCAAAUUUUGGAUAUGAAAUGGUAAUGCCAAUCCUGAAUCUUAUUGAUGGCCUAGUACACCUUUCACUUACAAUGCCGACAGAAACUGAACUGGAGCCAAUACCUGGAAGACCACUGGAAGACCCCGGUUUAGGCUUAAUGGCAGAACCUGCACAGCCGCCGUCUGCCUUGUCUUCAAAUUCCUUCACCAGCCACGAGUCCAUACCCUCUUGUUCACAAAGUCUUCUUGAUAGUCAGCGGUCUGGUAUCACUGAGUUGCAGUUAAAACAAAGCUACCAACAAUGGAAGGAAUAUAUUAAGCUCCGCACUAGUAUUAUUCAGGGCCAUGACGGUUCGCCUGGUGCCUUUUCAGCCUACUUUUCGCCCCUGGUAGCCAAUGGGCUUUCAGCCUUUCGGUCCGUUAUGGAUACCCUGGGUCUGUCCAAUGAUGCGGAACUUGCCAGCCUCCGAUUUCACCUUGCGCUGGAACAUGCUAUCGCGCACAAGGUCAAUAUAGUGGAUAUCCUGACGGCGUUGACCUGCGUCCAGCUAAAGAGCUGUUGGCUCGACCUCACCGGCCAGUCUUUGCUCUCCUGGGCUGUCUACUACCAGUAUCCUGCAGCUAUGAUGGCUUUGUGCAAUCGAGGCGCCGACCCGAACGCGGGUCUGGAGAGUACACCACUGCAUGUUGCCGCCAGCGGACGGCAGGGGGUUUUUGUGAAGUAUCUACUCAGUCUGAAACAGCGCAGUCUAGGCCUUUCUGUGAAUCCUUGUUUACGGGACAUUCGAGGUCUCACGGCAAGGGAAUGCUGUGCGGCAGCUGUCGGGGAGCAGAGGGAAGACAAGGAGACUUUGGAAUUGUUGAAAGCUGCUGAAGAAGGUGAUGUGUACCUGAAUAACCAACCCUUGGCUCCUAACGCCCCGCCCCCUGGUUAUAUGCGUUAUGUUUAA